UGCCGAAGCCGACAAGUCCCCUCACAUGCUCCGUCUCCCGGGAACGUUCUGACCUCAGGAGACGCCUUGCGGCCCCGACACCCCUGCCCCAGGACGCUGUGUCACCCACGACGGGAAGCAUGCGGGACUACGAGGAGGUGACCGCCUUCCUGGGCGAGUGGGGGCCCUUCCAGCGCCUCAUCUUUUUCCUGCUCAGCGCCAGCAUCAUCCCCAACGGCUUCAACGGGAUGUCAGUGGUGUUCUUGGCGGGGACCCCGGAGCACCACUGCCGGGUGCCCGACUCGGCGAACCUGAGCAGCGCGUGGCGCAACCACAGCGUCCCGCUGCUGCUGCAGAACGGCCGCGAGGUGCCCCACAGCUGUCGCCGCUACCGGCUCGCCGCCAUUGCCAACUUCUCGGCGCUGGGGCUGGAGCCUGGGCGCGACGUGGACCUGGAGCAGCUGGAGCAGGAGGGCUGCCUGGAUGGCUGGGAGUACAGCCAGGACGUGUACCUGUCCACCAUCGUGACCGAGUGGAACCUGGUGUGCGAGAAUGACUGGAAGACGCCGCUUACCACCUCGCUGUUCUUCGUGGGCGUUCUGUUCGGCUCCUUCGUGUCCGGUCAGCUGUCCGACAGGUUUGGCAGGAAGAGCAUUCUCUUCUCCACCAUGGCUGUGCAGACCGGCUUCAGCUUCCUGCAGAUCUUCUCUGUCAGCUGGGAGAUGUUCACCGUGCUGUUUGUCAUCGUGGGCAUGGGCCAGAUCUCCAACUAUGUGGUGGCCUUCAUACUGGGAACAGAAAUUCUUGGCAAGUCAGUUCGUAUUCUAUUCUCUACGUUAGGAGUGUGCACAUUUUUUGCAGUAGGCUACAUGCUGCUGCCGCUGUUUGCUUACUUCAUCAGAGACUGGCGGAUGCUGCUGCUGGCGCUGACGGUGCCGGGGGUGCUGUGUGUCCCGCUGUGGUGGUUUAUUCCUGAAUCUCCACGGUGGCUGCUAUCCCAGAAAAGAUUUAGAGAGGCUGAAGUUAUCAUCCAAAAGGCAGCAAAAAUGAACAACAAGGUGGCACCAGCAGUGAUAUUUGAUCCUGCGGAGCUGCAAGAUCCAUACCCCCUGAAGGAGCAGAAAGUUUUCAUUCUGGACCUGUUCAGGACUCGGAAUAUUGCCACACUAACCAUUAUGUCUGUGCUGCUGUGGAUGCUAACCUCAGUGGGUUACUUUGCUCUUUCUCUCGACUCCCCUAAUUUACACGGCGACGUCUACCUGAACUGUUUCCUCUCAGCCUUGAUUGAGGUCCCUGCCUAUGUCACAGCCUGGCUGCUGCUGCGAACCCUGCCCAGGCGCUAUAUCAUCGCCGGGGUGCUGUUCUUGGGAGGAGGGGUGCUUCUCUUAAUUCAGCUGGUGCCUGCAGAUUACAGCUUCGUGUCCAUUGGUCUGGCGAUGCUGGGGAAGUUUGGAAUCACCUCUGCCUUCUCCAUGUUGUACGUCUUCACUGCCGAGCUGUACCCAACCCUGGUCAGGAACAUGGCUGUGGGGGUCACAUCCAUGGCCUCCAGGGUGGGCAGCAUCAUUGCUCCCUACUUCGUUUACCUGGGUGCUUACAACAGACUCCUGCCCUACAUCAUCAUGGGCAGUCUCACGGUCUUCAUCGGAAUCGUCACCCUUUUUUUCCCUGAAAGUUUUGGAGUGACUCUGCCGGAAACCCUAGACCAGAUACAGAAAGUGAAAGGGUUCCGAUCUGGGAAAAGAUCAAGAGAUUUAUUGGAGAGAGAAGAAAAUCCCAAAGUUCUAGUGACUGCGUUCUGAGAAAAUCUCUCCCUUAUUUGAGCAAACUGCAGAAACCAGCACCUUCCCUGAAGAGACGGACACCUCAUUCUAAAGUGGGCCUCGUUGUGGAGAAACACCUGCCGAAUGGUAAACUCUGGACCACUUCCAGAUACUCUUGUUCUUAGCAACUACUGUCACUAGGGUGUCCUUCUUACGAAUGAACUUGAUGAAAUGAGGUUUAUAGGAUUUUUUGAGAAUACAUAA